AUUACCUAUUUUUAUCGUCCGGAAUAACUUAACCUGAUAAUACACGCCCAAAAUUUUCUAAAGAUAUUAUAUUUAUGUGCUCGGCUGGAGCUUCUUCAAUUUUAGACGCCUUCAGAUCCGCAAUCAUCGGUCAAUUGACGGAUAUUGACAUUCCAAAAUAUUCUACAUGAAAAGAAUGCUCAUUAACUUAUGGAAAAUUGUUAAUUGGAUAUAAGCACAGCAAAAUUGGAUUUAAUUGACAAUAGUGAAACUUUCUACGUAAAAAAGAAAACAAUAUAAAUAAGGAAUUACCAAAAAAAGAAAACGUAAAAAAUUAUCUGGGGACUGGCCAAAAUAUUUAUUUUUUUAAUAUAAAUGGCUGUGUAUAAAUCUUAUGGUGGACCUUCGCAUUGGAAAAAAGAGAAAAAGAAUCCAGACGAAACAAGCUUAACCCGUGUCAGACAGGUUUAUCAAGAAGAUCCCGAAAAGUACUUUAAUACUACGAAUCAUGUGGAAAGAUUUCAGGUAACAAGGGCUAUUUUUGAACGGCUGGAACAAGAAAAUGCCUUGCCAUCAAAGAAGAAAGGGGCUAAGAAAUCCUUUUCAACUAGUAGUCCAGUCUACAGUCAGAGGGAGAGGCGAUCCUCGGCCGAUAGCACGGACGAUGUUAAAAAUAUUCUUAAAGCUGCCUCAACUGAAAAUAUAAACUCUAUGCCUUUGGAUGUUUUUCCAGAAGAAAGUAGCUUUCGAGGGAGUAAUUAUCGUGAUAGAAAUCUUUCCAGAUCCGAAAGUGAUUUGACUAGGGAUCUAGUCGACGAAACAAGCGUUCCCUCAACAAAGUCUCUUCUAGAAAAAUUCGAAAGAAAGAGCCAGCCGCAGGGUCCUUCAAAAACAGCACCUAGCCUUAGAAAUGAAAGAAAGAGCGAUAGUCAAUUGAGAAGGGAUAAAGUUUCUUUGGAAAGAAGCCAUUCGGAUAGACUAUCUAAAAAGGCCGUAAGUGAAGAAAAUUGGGAAAGAGAAAAAGAUGCAAAACCUAAUCGUACAUCAUGGAGAGGCGAACAGUUAGACAUGAUACCAAAGCCAUCAAAGAGCAUGCAAAAAGAGAAAAAUUUUACUUCACAGUAUGCUGAGAAAGAAGCCAGCUGGAUUAAACAUCACGAAGACGACAUGCCUGAAACAAAUUAUUCGCCGGUGUACAAAAGCAAUGAUUUACAUAAAGAAAAGGCGCAGUCCUCGUCUAAACCGUGGAAGUCAUUUGAUGAUAAAGGUCACGGUGAUUCCCCCUCUCAAGUUUAUGAAGAGACAUUGGAGACGUUUCAUUCACGCGGCAUCCCUAAACGCUCUGAAGGAACACUACCCAAUUCAACAAGUAAUGCAAUAAGAGAAGAACCAGAAAAACCUCUAAAAAAGAAUUGGAAUCACGAAGACUCCAAAAUUACGUCACCUAGGAAUGUUCCAUCCCGUUUUAUAGGUAAUGAUACUACCACCGAUCAUAUUGACUCUUUGCAACAAUGGAAAAAAAAUCGUGAAAAAACCAGAGAAGUGCUAAAAGAUGGUGCUGGAGAAGAGAUAGCUGAAAGAAGCGAUUCCCCACCCCCUCUUCCUCGUACCGAAGUCCCCGAUUCUUCGUCGGACACAAUGGAGGACGACUUUAAAGACUCGCCAAAUACUUUGGAAGAAUCCACUAUUGUAGAUGAUACACACUUGACUCACGGCUCGCCAGCUACGCUCAAAAAACUUGAGGAAUUGUCUCUGGCAGUUGAAGAAGCUGCGCAAAUAAACGAGAGAGAUCAACCGAAAGAGACAUUGACUCUUGAUGGAUUUAGUCCCGAAGAAAGCACUGAUGUGAAUUAUGUAAAUCAAGUAAUAACUAAAGUAAAAGAUAUUUCAUCGCCAACGGAGAGUGAAAAUGUUUACCCAACUCCUGAUGAUUUAUUAAAGCAACGAGAACGUCCCGAUGGUAGAGAAGAACCCGAAAUUCCCAAGCCAGACGCAACUCAAGACAGUGGCGUGCUGGAUGAUAACGAGUAUGAAGAAAUAAGAGACGAUGCUUUCGAUGAUUAUGAUGGAGAAAAUGAAUUAGGAUUUUAUGAAAUUACUGGUUUACCUGAAGAAUCGGAACCAGAGGAGCAUUUAAUUGAUUACAAACCCCCUUCAAAGCUCAAGUUUAGCACUGACCCUAUUAGAGUUUUCUUAACAUACCCUCCUGAAGAUUAUGAUAGGAAGAAUGAAGAAAUGGAUCCUUUGGCGGCCAGUGCCGAGUGGGAAUUGGAAAAACGGGUUGAAAAAAUGGAUGUCUUUCCUGUUGAACUAAACAAAGGUGCUUCCGGUCUCGGACUCUCUAUUAUUGGUAUGGGAGUAGGAGCUGAUGCCGGAUUGGAAAAAUUGGGAAUUUUUAUUAAAACAAUGGCUCCUGGAGGUGCUGCAGAGGAAGAUGGCCGUAUUGAGGUCGGAGAUCAAAUAAUUGAAGUAGAUGGAAAGAGUUUGCUAGGUGUGACUCAAGUUUACGCCGCUGAAGUUCUCAGAGGCACUUCUGGUAAAGUUGUCUUCCAAAUAGGCCGCGAACGUGAUAGAGAAAAUAGCGAGGUGAUGAAGCUAAUUCGACAGUCUGUUGAGAAAGACAAAGCAAAAACUGAGCGAAAAGAACUAGAAGAGGUUAGAAAGAAACAAGAAGUGUUAAAACAACAGGAUUCGGAGCUAGAAAGAACUGAAAAGGAAUUACGAACGCAAUUACCGUCGUCAGAGGAUGCUUCACCGGAAACUCCUGAAAUGCCAACUAGAGAAGAGUUAUUUAUUAAAUUGAAAGAUGCUCAAUAUAAAAAUGCAGCUAUUGAAGCUGAACUAGCAAAAUUACGUGCAAGAGUUAUAGUGUUAGAGAAUGUUGAAAAACAAAAAAAGCAAUACGAGAAGAGAUGUGAAGAAAUGGGCGCGAAACUGAGGGAUAGCGAGAGAGCUUUACAAGCAGUUCAAUCAGACAUAUCUAACUAUCAGUCCAUAAUGAAAGGCUCCAAAGAGAAAUUAGCAGAAAUGCAACAGCACAUGGAAAUUGACUGUAAAAAAGCCGAUUCACGGUUCGAAGAAGCGAAUGAGACAAUAAGAAAAAUGGCUAAAAGGGAAGAAGCCCAACAGCAAUACAUAAAAACGUUAGAAGAAAAAUUAAAGAAUUCAGGGAUAUCGUUAGGAGCCGAAGACGCUGUAGACCAGAGAAAUGGUAAUAGCCUACCGAAUUUUGAUGUACCAACAACUGACCAUCUUUUAGAUACGACUGCCUCCAAGGAUAGAGUCAAUUUAAUAAAAGGAAAAAGUAGCCUAGCGAAUAGAAAACCUCCCAGUAAAUUGCCUGCUCAAGUUAAAUCGGAACCUGAAUUCGAGGAUUAUAGACCCGAAGUUCCUCCUCGAAGACAGCGUGAUGUUGUACAAUCAGUAGAGGAAUCCGUCGAUUAUUGGGAUUCGUCAGAAACCUCAUCAGUUGCUUCUCACGCGUCUUAUGAACCAAACAGUGUGAUAUCCAACAGCGGUGAAGUGGCAACAUUCCCUUUAGAUAACUCGGAAGAUAAUGGUGGAAUAGUUCUAAUAAGCGUGACUCACACUUCUGAAAGUACAAAUGAACGCCCGCUCAAAGAACUAGAACCGGAGAAAAGAGAAAGGCUGUUGACGGAUGGCUCUGAGUUAUCAAGUGCCGAUAAACCCAUACUUUUGGAGUCCCCAAUAGUUUGGAUGGUUCCGCAAGUUUGCUGUUGGUUAGAAAAGAAUAACUUGAAAUGCUUUUGCGAAGCGGCUAAAGAUGAAAAAAUCGAUGGUGAAACUCUUCUCGGCAUGGAUAGCAAUAGAUUAAAAACAUUCUGCGGGUCGAUGACAAAAGAACGUGACAUAUUGAAAAAGAAACUAAAAGAAUUAAAGAAUAUGGUUGAAAAGGAGAGAAAAAGAGAAGAAAAAGAGCGAAAAGCUAGAGAGAAGAUUAAGGCUAGUGCAGGGACUGGAAAGAAAAAGUUCUUGAAACUGUAAAGCUUUAUAUCAUAAAUGAUUUCAUAAAGAGAAUAAUUUUGGUGCUUUUGUCUCCUUUAUGCAAAACUAUUAAACAGACUGAGGGCUAAAUUUAUUACAGAAAUUUCUAUAAACUAUCCAUAUGACUUUUAUAUACAACAUUUCCUAUAUAUAUAUAUACAUAAUAAUUGCAUAUACAUAUAAAUAUGUAUGUAUAUAUACUGAAUAUGUACAUUUUAUAUGCAUAGACACUCAACUAUAAUUAUUUAUUAUACAGUAUACAUAUAUAUAUAUAUACAUACCUUGAUUUAUAUAUAUGUAUAUUUAUAUAUAUAUAUUAUUAUUAAUACUACUACAGACACUUCGGUGUAGUUUGUUACUAGUACAAAAUUUCUAUAGCAUAUUGGCGUUCUGUCCAUGCUUUUUAUACAAUUGAAAUUAAUGUUUUAUUUUUAUUUAAAUAUAUUAGACUAAUUUGGUAAGUUAAUAAUUUCUUUUUGUAUAAAAACAACGUUUAUCUUUUUUCCCAAGAGAAAUGAGGUGAAUAAAUGUCAUAUUUUCAUUCCAGAAUAGAGUUAUUUAAAAGUAAAUAUAAAUAAAUAUAAUACACCAUUGUUACUUGCUGUCUUUGAGCUAAUAAACAUACCUUUAAAGUUGUG